CUCGAGAUAUGCCUUGCGUGCAGGUCGAGGUCGAAAGUGGAUCGAUACACCACGGUAAGUCAUCUGAUAUGAGACACUCAACGUGGAAGAGAAUAGCACAGCAGACAGUCUCGUGCCCACAAGGGAAGGAAAACCUGCCCGUCUGCAGAUUCGCAGGCGCAAGACACCAUGAACAACAAUGCACCCUCGCAUCCAUGUUCUUCUUUCACACACAGACACACACACACGCAGCGCUCCUUGCGCCAGAUCACUCGCUCGUGGACGCACUUCCUUUACAGGAACACUGCGCUUCCACACUCUCCCACGAGUCCUCCCGUCAAACCGGAGGGUCCUCUUUUCGCUUCACGUCUUGUGUCGCGGCGCUGAGGAUGGUCUUGGUUGGAAUGUCAAGGCGGGAAGGAGUUUUACGCUCCUUCCUGGUCGAUAGUAUCGGCGCUGCAACAAGAAUUCAACCUUUGAAUAGGGCCAUCAUAGUCCAUGCCCAUCUCCCAGUCUGUUUGUUCCUUUGCCCUCCCAGCUCCCUCGUGGGCUGAGGGGGUUCUGGGCACGCUCGCUGGUGUGGUUCGUCACAUGGGCGAGGCUCCAGGAGCUCCUACAUUUCUAUCCUUUCAAUUUGUGCUCGUUUUGAAUCCUGCCAAGUAGCUUUGCACAUGUGAUUUAUUGAAAAGAACGACGUGGUUGGAGCUGUAGACGUUGGUGACAAGACGGGGUCACUUUGUCGUGCAAAGCGAGUGGUGUGUGCCCAUAUCUGCGAUGAUGUUUAAAUCUGUCACCUAAGCCAGUACUCAUCACGACUAUCAAUGCUGUAUCUAUGCUGCC